AUGCCCAUGUCCAACGGCGUGCGCAACCUCCGCGCCAUGUUCGAGAACGGCAACGCCGCUGCCUCGCCUGAGCCCCGCGGCCGCUCCCCGACAGACACGGCAGCCGCGACCGACGGCGGCGAAGAGCGUCCCAAGUCCAAGGUGCGCGCCUCCUUUGUCUCGGUCGAGCCCACGGCCGCCCACGCCUCGACGGACCUCGGCCAGACCAAGGGCACGCCCUCCAACAGCGUCAACGCGACCCGCCGCGAGAGCUUCCGCGUGAGCCACGACAGGACCGACGAGCUGGCCGAGCUCAAGAAGGUCGUCAGCGAGGAGAAGGAGCAGCGCCGCCAGAGCAUCGCCAUCCCCGAGGCCGUGCCCGAACAGGCCGUCGCGUCGCGCGAGUCCUCCAUGCCCGCGCCGCCCAUCCGCGACGACACACCCACCAACAUGCCCAACCUGGGCUCCAUCAUGAAGGGCUCCGACUUCCCGGAGUCUGCGGCCGCCGACAUCGCUGUGCCGGCUCCGGAGCUGGAAGAAGUGCCAGUCGACGAGACACCAGCCGAGUCCACCGAGAGCGUUGUCGAGACCGCUCCAGUCCCCGCGCCAGAAGCAGCACCUGCCCAGCCUGCCGAGAACCCGGACAAAGCUACUACAGGCGCGCAGGAGGAUGUCGCCCUGAGACCUGCCGCGCCCACCGAGGAGGCUGUCGUGGACGAAGACAAGCCUGCUCUGCUGGACGCUGCCGUCGAUGACGACGCCGUUGUUGCUGAGGAGAACGCCAUCGCAGAGGAGGCCGCUGUCAUCGAGGAAGCUGCCAUUGCAGAGGAAGCCGAAGCUGUGCAAGCUGAAGCUGCUGCCACCGAGGAGCCCUCUGCCCCGGCCCCAGCCGCUGCUCAGCCCGCCGAGAAUACAGACAAGGCAGUGACGGGUGCUCAAGAGGAGCUUGCUCUACGACCUGCUGCGCCUGCCGACGAAGCCGCUGUUCCUGACGCGACCGCUCCUGCGCCGGCUGAAGCAGUAAUGGCCCCGAGCACCGAACCUGCUUCAGAAGCAGCCACACCUGUUGUAACCAAGGCCAAGGCCAAUGGAACUCCUGGGCUCAAGAAGCCCGAGAUCAGGAAGCCUGCUGCCAUCUCGACUGCCAAACCUGCCAAGGCUCCCGCCGCCCCUGCCAAAAGUCCGCUACCUAAAGCAGCACCCAAGACCCCUACGAAACCCAAGACGGCCGCACCCACCAUCAAGCCUAGUCCAGCUGCGAAGACCACAAAGCCCGCAGCCCCAAAGGAGCCUGUCAAGGCCCCCGUUGCCAAGGCCCCCGCAACAAAGGUUCCAGCCGCAAAGGUUCCAACUGCUAAGACCAGCCGCACCUCUCUGCGACCUGCAACAUCUGCGUCCUCAGCGACGGCACCCACUGCUGCUGCUGCUGCCUCCAAGACCAAGCCUGCGGCCGCACCUGUGGAGAACAAGAAGCCUGCCAUUCCCAAGCCCACUACUUCCGCCCCCCGCAAAAGGUAUGACAGAGCCACGUGGGACAAUGCGCCAAUGCUAAUAACGCUACAGCACGUCCCCAACAGGCUUUAA